AUGAGCAGCUUCCGUGUUCUAGACCUAGUUAAGCCUUUCCAACCAUACCUCCCAGAAGUGCUGGCUCCAGAGAGGAAGGUUCCUUUCAACCAGAAAAUGAUGUGGACUGGUGUCACAUUGCUCAUUUUCCUAGUGAUGAGUGAAAUCCCUCUUUACGGUAUCACAUCUAGCGAAUCUAGUGACCCAUUGUUUUGGUUGAGAAUGAUGUUGGCCUCCAAUAGAGGUACUUUGAUGGAAUUGGGUGUGUCUCCAAUCGUUACAUCAGGUAUGAUCUUCCAGUUGUUACAAGGUACACAAAUCAUCUCUUUCAAUCCAGAAAGUAAAGAAGAUAGGGAUUUGAUGCAAGUGUCUCAGAAAUUAAUGGCUGUUCUAUUAUCAUUUGGUCAAGCUACAGUUUAUGUUUUAACAGGAAUGUAUGGUAGACCUUCUGAUUUAGGUUAUGGUGUUUGUUUAUUGUUAAUCUUGCAACUAGUUUUUGCUGCUUUGAUGGUCAUCUUACUUGAUGAAUUAUUGCAAAAAGGUUAUGGUUUAGGUUCCGGUACUUCUCUAUUUAUGUCCACAAAGAUUUGUGAGUCAAUUGUAUGGAAAUGUUUUGCUCCUACUUUAGUCAAUAGAGGUAGAGGUUCUGAAUUCGAAGGUGCUAUUUUAGCAUUUAUUCAUCUAUUAUUUACUAAAUCCUCCAAAAGAGCUGCCCUAAUUGACGCAUUCUAUAGAGACAAUGCACCAAACAUGUCACAAGUUUUCUCAACUUUGAUCAUCUUCUCUGCCGUUGUUUAUCUACAAUGUUUAAGGGUUGAUUUACCAAUUAAAUCCACCAGACAAAGAGGCCCAUUGAAUGUUUACCCAAUUAGACUAUUCUACACCUCUAAUAUGCCUAUCAUGUUACAAAGUGCCUUAACUUCAAAUAUCUUUAUUAUUUCCCAGAUGUUAUAUUCCAGAUUCCCAAAUAAUCUAUUGGUUAAGUUAAUUGGUUCUUGGGAAGCAACACAUGGUGGUCAACAAUUGUUUGCAGUUUCUGGUUUAUCUUACUACAUGCAACCUCCACUCAACUUCCAAGAAGCAAUGUUAGAUCCAAUCAAGACAGUUAUUUAUGUUGCAUUUGUGUUAGGUACUUGUGCUUUUUUCUCCAAAACUUGGAUUGAGGUGUCUGGUACCUCUCCAAGGGAUGUUGCUAAGCAGUUUAAGGAUCAAGGCUUAGUUAUUGCUGGCCACAGAGAAACUUCUGUUUAUAAAGAGUUGAAGAAAAUUAUUCCAACUGCGGCAGCUUUUGGUGGUGCAACAAUCGGUGCAUUGUCUGUCAUCUCUGAUAUGUGUGGUUGUCUAGGCUCAGGUACCUCUAUUUUGAUGGCAGCAACUACUAUCUAUGGUUACUAUGAGAUGGCUGCAAAGGAAGGUGGUUUAGUUAAACCUCUUAAGGCUUCAUUUUCUGAUUAA